UUCUAGACAUUCUAGAACUGACCGCGCGGUGUUUACUAAAGUGUUCACGAUCAGUAACAGUGACCGGUAAUCAUCGGCAGCUAGACUAGACGUUUCCGUGAUCGAUUCCGCGCGUUCUGGCCGCGCGGCGCGGAACAGUAACAUCACGGCUACGCGAUCUUUUCGCGAUCUUUCCCCGAUCUUUCCGCGAUCUUCCUCUGGUGAGGACAGUCGGUCGCGUGACACGUUGCGUUCGGCGAUUCCCGAACCGCCGGAACGGUAUCGCGCAGCGUCAAUGCGGCUCGGCGGCUCGUCGAUGCGCGGACAUUAAAUUUCACCCUGCCGGACAGAGGGAGGCAUUUGUGUGGGAAACCAUCGGCGGCGGCGAAGAGGAGCUUCGGGCUCGGCGACGCCGGUGGAGGCAGAGACAAGAGGCAGUGGCGGUGGCGGUGACGGCGGCGGAGGAGGAGGAGAAGGAGGAGGCGGGGGGAAGCUGUUCAUCGAACGGAACAGCCGCGCGCGCGGAGGAGCGGCGAUACGGAGCGGAGGAGCGCGGCCCGAGCUGCGUUCGUUGUACGGUUCGUGAAACGGGCGCGGGCAUAUCACGGGAUAGGAGGAGGCGGCGGCUGGCGGCGAUUCCUUGGUAGUUGCCGGUACUUGUACGAGGCUCGAAGAUGGCAGAUACGAGUCAACAAGCAUUGAGCGAGCCACACACGAACGGAGUGGUGGACGGUUUGACGGAAGAUGAAAAAAGCAAGAUGAGACCCGCCGAUAUCGAUGCGGAUAUGAGAGAAAUGGAGAGGAGAAAGAGGGUCGAGAUGAUGAUGAACUCACGAAUCUUCCGGGAAGAACUGGAACGUAUAAUUGAGACACAGAUGAGGGACGGUGCUGGGCCCUCUGGUCUCCUGCAACAGAUCUCUGACAUGAUGGGUGCACAGGGAGCUCGAUUUAACGGCAAUGUGUUCAAAAAUUCGAAUUGCGUCUUGCCUAUCAACGACAUUCGCGGCGUGGAAAGCAUGGGAUACGCCAAAGGCGAGAAAUUGUUGCGAUGUAAGAUGGCGGCGGUGUUUAGAUUGCUGGAUCUUUACGGAUGGACGCAGGGCGUCGGCGGGCAAAUAACUGCCCGUCUUAAUCAGGACCAGGAGCACUUUUUGGUGAAUCCUUACGGGCUACUCUAUCACGAGGUUACCGCCUCGAGUUUGAUUAAGGUGGACAUGCAGGGCACGAUUGUCGAGCAGGGGACGACGAACUUUGGCGUGCACAUCACUGGUUUUCAAUUACACUCGACAAUACACGCUGCGAGACCCGAUAUCAAGUGUAUUAUUCAUAUUACUACUCCGUCCGUUACCGCUGUUUCCUCCUUGAAGUGUGGAUUGUUACCAAUCGGUCAAGAGAGCAUAGUGAUAGGUGAAGUGAGUACCCAUCAGUACAUAGGAGGUUCCGUCGAGCCAGAGGAACGGGAGAAGAUCGCUAGAAAUCUCGGGCCGAUCAAUAAGGUCAUGCUCCUGACGAAUCGCGGCGCCCUUUGCUGUGGAGAAACAGUGGAAGAAGCGUUCUUUAACGUUUACAAUACCGUAGUCGCCUGCGAGACGCAACUGAAACUAAUGCCCGCAGGUGUAGAUAAUCUAAGCCUUAUCAGCGAGGAAUCGAAGAAAGCUAUAUUUGAAGCGUCGCGAAAACCGCCGAUCCCGCAGCAACAGAGCUCAGCGGUAGAGUCGUCCGCUCUCGCGGAGAAACUCGAGAAACGCUGGAGAAUCGGCGGCGCCGAAUUCGAGGCCCUUAUGAGAAUGCUUGACAAUGCUGGAUUCCGUACGGGCUACAUAUAUAGAAAUCCACUUGUAAAGGGAGAACCCCCGAAACCACGAAACGAUGUUGAAGUUCCACCGGCCGUAUCAUCUUUAGGAUAUCUGCUUGAAGAAGAAGAAUUAUAUAAGCAAGGGCUGUGGAAGGGCGGACGUAAAGGCACAGAUAGAUCCCGUUGGUUAAAUUCGCCAAACGUUUACCAGAAGGUUGAAAUCCUGGAAACUGGAACACCCGAUCCUAAAAAGAUCACCAAGUGGGUGUCUGAUGGAUCUCCUACCCAUAGCAGCACACCAGUCAAGAUAGACGGUGCUCUUCAGUUUGUUCCGAAAAAUACCAAUCCAAAGGAGUUCAAACAAUUACAACAGCAGAUUAAAGAUUAUCGACGAGCAGAGAAAAUAUCGGCUGGUCCGCAAUCCCAUAUAUUGGAAGGUGUAUCAUGGGAGGAAGCUAAGAAAAUGCAGGACGCGACAAUUAGUGGUACCGGAGAACAAGUAGUUUUAGUAGGAGCCGCUAGUAAGGGUAUUAUACAGCGUGGUUUCCAACACAAUGCGAUGGUGUACAAGACACCUUAUGCCAAAAAUCCUUUCGACGCCGUCACGGAUCAAGAAUUGGACCAGUACAAGAGAGAAGUCGAACGCAAACAAAAGGGAGAUCCUUACGAUGAAUCACAAUCAGAAUCCGAGGCCUUGUCAUCCUUUAACAUCAGUCGCGCGACGCAUGAAUCCAGCACUGCCAAGAGUCCUAUUCAGUCACCAGUUUCUGUUACUUCGGAAACAGAGGAGGAGAGUAGAGACGAACCCCGAGUAUUGAGAAUAGAAACGAAACAAGUGCCUGCGCCGAGUCAACCCGAAGUUGUGUUAAGCGAUGUGAAUGAUGCUACUACAGAGUACCUUAAUGAGAUGCGCUAUAGAAUGACUGAGCGACAAAGCGGUUACAAAGGAGAUUGCGAACUAGCCAGCAAUUAUAGCAGCGUAAGCAGCGAGUGUGCGCGAAAGUACUAUGGCCGGCAGUUCUCCGAGCAUCCUUACGAUAGUCUCCAGUUGGAAAACAUUAGAGUCUCGACGACCGCCGAACGAAAGCAACCUCUUCUAAUCACACGUAUGAAAACGCUCGUUAACGGGCAAAUCGAGCCAAAUGCAAUCUCUCGGGACGAAGUUUUCGUAAAAUCGCGCUACGAGGUGAGACGAAAAUUUUUCGAAGAUCUUGAACGUCAAAAGAAUUUAGAAAUUGACUCGACAACAGCGAAGAUGACUAGCAUUAAUAAUAAGGAAAACGAGUUAAUACUUGAACGAAAUUCCAUAGUAAGUCCGAGUGAAAAUGCUCAUCUUGUCAAAUUGUUUGACAUGCCUUUGACAAACGCAAGUACGAAAGAACACGUUGAGAAUCUGAUCGACGAGACACGGUCGAGUAACAAUGUCGCACUACAUUCUGUGACAUGGGCAAAUAUCCCGCAACCGAGUUUCGUUAAGUGUGUUAACAUGGACGAGACGAGGCCGAGUUCGCGUAACAUUAUGUCCUACAUAAACGAUGACAGUCAGACAGAGGAGAAAAUAGAACACCAUGAAAGAGCUAAAUGUCCAACGAUCAAGACGGUUACUUCCAUAAAAACGCAGUCUUCAACAACUCGUCCAGAUAAAUCGAUAGACUCGACAGUCGGCACGAAUAACGAACAACACCAGCAUAUAAUGAUAACAACAAUGACGAACACGGAAGUGACACUUGCGCACAGCUGCGCUGAAACAUUUCAGCAUGAUAACGGCGAUAACGAGGAAGACUCGCAGUUGCUGAGUAAUUUAUCUUUCAAUAUUUGCGACGGACAUUCCAUCGAUCGUUACGAAUGCGACGAAGACAAUGAGACGUUGGCAGAUAAGGAAAUAAAUGGUGAAUUGAAACCAACGGAGCUGAAGAAGCAAAGCGUUCGAUCUUGGAUCGAAUGUUCCAUGUAUGAGAGCAACUGGCCGAAUAAUGCGAAGACUGAUUUGUACGAGUCAUAUAAUGAUAUCGCGAAAAUUGUCGAGAGCAUCGACGUGAAUAUCACUUCGUCGAGAACGGAGCUGGACGCCUUGCCUGACACGGACACCUGCGUCAAGUAUAAUCUGGAUUCGACGAAUAUGAGUCUCAUUUACAGCUUGACCCCGCCGGCGGCCGUUGACCAGGACGACAGCGGCAACGACGAUACUUCGCGUGACUUGGCGAAUCGCUCGUUGGAGUGGCAGUCCGAUUCAACGAGAAGUAACAACGACGAGCCAUUGAGCGAUUACAUAUGGAUAGAGCCGGAGAUUCCGACGACGAAGGCAGAAUGCGUCAAGUCCACGCAAGAUCACAGAUUGUCAAGCGAUAGUAGCUGCGCAGAAUUAGAACUGCUUGAAUCCGAGAGGUAUUCAGCAAGCGGCUCCGACAUACUUGAGUUACCAAGCUGCACGAUUCGCGAACUGAAUGAUAUCGACGGCGAAGUCUUUCUCAACGGUAUCAAUGAAUCCGCCAAUGAGAUCAUCGCCGAUCUCAAUGCAUCCAACGAAAUGUUGCCAUCUAGCGAUGCUGUGGAAGUCGCACAGCAAAUCAUUGCCGAGAUUAUCGAGUCCAUUUAUGUUCUGUUGCAUUUAGAUUCCUCUAUUUACGACCUCAGCAUCGUAAGAGAAAUAGUGUGCAACUUGAUCAACGGUUACCAUCGCGAGUGCUCACUUGUGGAGUCUGCCAUUGGAGCAUGCAUGCCGGAUGUCUUCACGAGCAGCAAUGACAAUAUUUGUCGGAUCAAAGGUUUUCUGGGGAAUCUAUCAUCGGACGAUUACGAUAAUCAGAAUUACGAAAUGGAAGUACGCGAGCCGGAGGAUGGCGAAUCUCCCGCCGUGAUUGAAUUCUGUACCGUGGCGAAGAAAUUACCGAUCGUUACCAUUGACAAUAGCGCUUUGGAAUUGAACUUUCGCGUUAUCAAAGUCUCGACGGACGAAUAUGCGAAUAUGUCGCCAAGCGCUCGUCUUCAUCUAUUUGGUGAAAACUCGAUCGACGAUGAUUGCGGUAUCGAGAUCGGUAAAACCAGAAGCGGUGAAAGCGUGAUGAAAUCAGAAACAUGGCCAUACGAACGAUGCUCCUAUUGCCGCGAGGAAGAGGAAUUGAUAAGGGAGAAAUUGAGUUGUUUGACACCUAUAAGCGAGGAACCGGAUGAUGCUUUACAUGAGGUAAUCGAUUCCGUUGCUCUCACUUUGAAAAUUCGUGAUGAUGAAUCGCUGAAAGCUCGCAAUAUUAUCGAAGAAAAUACGACAACAAAUCCCACGAGAAAACAUGUUUCCCUCGACGACACCUACACGAUCUCCGAAGUCAGCUCCGAUGUUAUCUCAGAUAACGACGAGAUGAACAAUCUUGAGGAACAGUGCAAUGUCUGGGAUGCCUCCAUAGAUUGCAUGUCGUAUUCGUACGAGACUUAUGAAUUUAUGCGUCUGGAGAAAGCCCUCGCAGACAACUCGCAAUUGAGCACGUAGCGCUCCACUCGUCUUUCAGAAAAAUGACACUGUAUUCUUAAUUCUGGCGAUUUUGUUUAACUAAAUUAUCAAAGAGUAUAUUAUUUCCUUGAUGAAAAAGGGGAAAAGCAUUUCGACGAUUGAUUCGUCGACAUACGCAACCUCAUCACAACGUUUUAGCUUGCGUGUCAGUGCUCUCUUUAAAAUUUCUUUCUCUUAAUAUUCACAUAUCUUUGAAAAGCAUCUUAUUGAAGUUUUGUAUACUUAAUCUUACAUACCAUUUUAUGCGCGUUUAUUUAGUCUAUUCAACGCGCCGAUUUUUUACAUAUCUUAAGCUAGUAAAAAAAGACAUUUAAAUAAGUACGCGUGCAAAUGUUACAUGCUAAGGAAUUCGCGUUAUUUUAUGUCUGUUAAGUUUUGAUGAUUCUAUUCUUUUCUUUUAACUUUUAUAAUUGUAAUGUCUCUUUAUGCACGAACA